UUAUUAAUGAGUAGAAUUCUCAUUAAAUGCAGGUCCAACAGAGAUUUACAGAGUUGCAUCAAUUUUAUGCCCACAGCCUUGCAGAAAUUACCACUAGGCAGUGAUAAUCAGCUUAAACCAUGCAAAAAAUGAACAUGUUCAUGAUUCAAAGAGCAUUUUCUUCUUUUUCCAUAUCUCGUGUUUCCAGACUUCAUCAACCAGUUUCUCAUGGAGUUUCAUGGAGUUUUUCUCAUAUAAACCCAACGGAGGAUUCCAUCUCUCAGCUCCUGGUGCAUGAAGGUUUCAUUCAGCAAUGCAGCAGCGGUUUAUAUGCCAUGCUUCCACUCGCACAGAGGGCUUUGGAUAAGCUCUGCAGGAUAGUUGAACAAGAGAUGGAAGCUAUCAAUGCUAAUAAACUCCUUCUUCCUACUCUUACAUCUCUCGAACUAUGGCAGAAAUCAGGUCGAUGGCGCCCCACUAACCCAGAGCUCAUGACUAUGUCUGACCACCAUCAGAAGCAGUAUCUGCUUAGUCCUACUCACGAGGAGGCCAUUUGUGAGCUGCUGAGCCAUAAGGAAGAUACGAGUCUCUCAAAGCUGCCACUGCUGCUCUACCAAAUAUCCUCCAAGUUCAGGGAUGAGGGUAGACCGUGUCAUGGGCUUCUAAGAGCACGUGAGUUCAUGAUGAAGGACUUGUAUAGCUUUGACUGUGAUGAGCCAAGUGCAGCAAAGACGUAUGAUGUCGUCACAACGUCAUACCUGCGCGUUCUUUCCAGACUUGGAGUGCCUUACAUCAGAGUUGAGGGAAGCUGUGGCGACAUUGGGGGAUCGUUUUCCCAUGAGUAUCACUUCGAGUCUGACGCUGGGCAGGACAUUCUGCUGCGCUGCAGCAAUUGCGGCCACUGCGCUUCUCAAGACUUCCUUCUCGAGACGCGUGGCGGAAUUGUUGGUCAACAAGAGGCUCAUAUUGAAUGUCCAAAGUGCUCAUCCUCUCAUAUGGACUCCAUCAAAGGGAUUGAGGUUGGCCACACCUUUCUGCUCGGUGACAAAUACUCAGCCCCACUGAAAGCCACGUUCCAAUACAAGCAAGGAGUUCGACGUCCCUUAAUUAUGGGUUGUUAUGGCCUGGGGCUUUCCCGUCUCGUACAAGCAACUGUGACACGCUGCAGCAGCCAAAACUCCAUUGUGUGGCCUUGGGUGUUGGCCCCUUACAAACUAUGCAUUAUCGGGCCAAAGCGCGGCAGCAAGGAAAGUGCCGCUUCGGUGUGGGUGGAAAGUCUGGCGGUUUGUUUACAGCAGCAGGUGCCAGCUCUGCGCGGGGACGUCAUCAUUGAUGACCGCGACGCCUUCACCAUCGGCAACAGAGUGUACGCGGCGAAGCGAGCUGGCUACCCUCUCGUAGUGGUAGUUGGCAAGCACGCUCUCAGAGAUAUGCCGCUUUUUGAAUUGAUUGAUAACACGGCAGCAUUUCGAAGCCUGCAGGAGACCUCUAAAACGCCUUUAUUUGGCGAAGGACUGUCGUCAAAAAGCGGGAAUUUAUUGACCCAGUUAGAGCUUCUCAAUUAUCUCGGCGUGUUAUGUAAUGAACUUGAUCAAAUUAGAAGCUAAUUGUUUAGCGUAUUAAUUCUGUACUCUAUCUUUUUUUUUUGAAUAAAAAUCUGGUGCACAAAAGUAA